AGCUAGAAUGUUUUCUUCAUAUUUUAUUGUCAAGUGGCAACUCACAGAAGAACAAAGUUCAACCACCUAACAAAAAUGACCCUCUGACUCUGAAUUCAUUCUAUUGAAAAAACUUCUUAUUCGUUUCUGAAAUUCUAUCAUGAAUCACACCAAAAUGACCAUUUUCCCAGCAAUGGUAAUUGUUUCUAUGUUACUAUUACUCUUCUCCAAAUUUUCCUAUGGAGCAGAUACUAUUACCCAAUCAGAGUCACUUUCCGAUGGAAGCACCUUGAUUUCCAAAGAAGGAACCUUCGAGUUGGGUUUCUUUAAUCCCGGUAAUUCCCCGAACCGCUAUGUCGGAAUUUGGUACAAAAACAUCCCGGUCAAAACCGUUGUUUGGGUUGCAAAUCGUGAUAAUCCUAUCAAAGACAACUCAAGCAAGUUGAUGAUAGACAAACAAGGAAAUCUCGUUCUUCUCAACAGCAAUCAGUCUCUUAUAUGGUCAACAAACACAACGAAGAAGGCUUCAACUCCAAUUGUCCAGCUUCUGGACAACGGAAAUUUAGUGAUUAGAGAUGAGAACGACACUGAAACUGAUGAAGAAAGUUUCUUAUGGCAGAGCUUUGACUAUCCUACCGAUACAUUAUUACCUGAGAUGAAGCUUGGAUGGGACAAGAAAACUGGUAUUCAUAGAAUAUUUACUGCAUGGAAAAAUUGGGAAGAUCCAUCUUCAGGUGAUUUUGUAUCAUCCAUGAGUCUUAGUGAUAAUCCUGAAGAUGUUCUUUGGAAAGGUUCAACUGAGUUCUACAGAACAGGACCUAUGAUUGGUACUACGGAUAGUGGAGCAUAUGGGAUGAAGGCUAACCCAAUUUUUAAUUCAGAGGUUGUAAGCAAUGAAGAUGAAGCGUAUUUUUCGUACACCCUAAAGAACAAAUCUGUGAUUUCCAUAGUUGUUUUAAACCAAACUAGUUUGCUUCUUCAACGCCUUGUAUGGAUUCCUCAAUCUAGAAAAUGGAGUAACUACUUGAACCUACCACAUGAUACUUGUGAUGGUUAUAAUGUUUGUGGACCAUAUGGAAAGUGUGUGAUUGACUCAUCCCCACUUUGUCAGUGUUUGGAUGGGUUUAAGCCAAAAUCACCGCAACAGUGGAGCACAAUGAACUGGGCAGAUGGAUGUGUGCGCAAUGGAAAUUGGAGCUGUGGAGUGAAGGGAAGAGACGGUUUUUUUAAAGUUACUGGAGUGAAGUUUCCAGAUACUACAAAUACAUGGGCUAGCGCAAAUAUGACACUUGAUGAUUGCAAGCUCAAAUGUUUGCAAAAUUGUUCCUGCACAGCUUACUCAGGCUUAACCUCAAAUGAAGAUAGUGGCGGUUGUUCCAUGUGGUUUAAUGAUCUUAAAGACUUAAGAGAUUCAGAUUCUAUGAGAAACUUAUAUGUUCGAAUUGAUGCAUCAAAUAUAGGUGCUAAACAUGGGUAUCCUAAAUUGGCUAUCUUGGUAGUUUCGAUCAUUGUUUUUGCAGUCAUUGUGAUGCUAUUGACUCUAUACAUUUAUAGAAAAAAGAUAAAAUACAAAGAAGACAAUAAUGAAGACGACCGUAAUGAUUUAGACCUCCCUUUCUUCGAUCUUGCUACAAUACAUAAGGCCACUGAUUACUUCGCAGAUGAUAACAAAUUGGGUGAAGGUGGUUUUGGACCCGUAUAUAAGGGUAAGUUGCAAGAUGGUCAAGAAAUUGCAGUCAAAAGGCUUUCAAGAAGUUCUGGACAAGGAUUGAAAGAAUUUAAGAACGAAGUUAUUUUAUGUUCUAAACUUCAACAUCGAAACCUUGUUAAAAUAAUUGGCUAUUGCAUUGAAAAAGAUGAAAAAAUGUUGGUCUAUGAAUACAUGCCGAACACAAGCCUUGAUUCAUUUAUUUUUGAUCCAAUUCAAAGUAAAUUAUUAGAUUGGUCUAUGCGAUUUAACAUCUUGUUUGGAAUUGCCCGAGGUCUUCUUUACUUGCAUCAAGAUUCAAGGUUAAGAAUUGUACACAGAGAUUUAAAAGCGAGCAAUAUUUUAUUAGACAAUGAUAUGCAACCAAAAAUUUCUGAUUUUGGUCUUGCUAAAAUGUGUGGAGAUGAUCAAAUGGAAGGGGAAACAAGUCGAAUAGUUGGCACAUAUGGUUAUAUGGCACCAGAAUAUGCCAUUGACGGAUUAUUCUCAAUUAAAUCAGAUGUAUUUAGCUUUGGUGUCUUAUUGUUAGAACUUAUAAGUGGAAAGAAAAACAGAACCCUUAACUAUAGUCAAGAUGAUCACAAUCUUAUUGGACAUGCAUGGAGAUUAUGGAAAGAGGGAACCAUACACACAUUAAUUGAUGAUAAUUUGAAAGAUACAUGUAUUCUUUAUGAAGCUUUGCGGUGUAUCCAAAUAGGGCUUUUAUGUCUGCAACAUCAUCCUGAUAAUAGGCCAAGUAUGACAUCUGUUGUUGUGAUGUUGAAUGGUAAUAAUAUUUUACCUCUACCACAUGAGCCAAGUUAUUUAUUGAAAACCAUAACAAGUGAAGGAGAAACUUCUUCCGAAAGACAAAGAUCUUCUUCAAUAAACAAUGUAACUAUCUCACAAUUAAAUGCAAGAUAGAAAAAUAAUAGUUUACAUAUGAGUUUAUAUGUAUUAUACUAGUUCUUCAUUUAAGACUAUGUUAGUUUAGAGUUAUUCAUAUAAAUAUUGUAACUACUUUUAGUUAGUUAGGAUUCAUUAUUGUUAUUUGUUGUUGAAUGAUAGAUAACCUCUAUAUUAAGAAGGUCAUCACGAGAUUUUAAUUAUCUAAUUAAUAAUAAAUGAGAGAUUCAUUUGAGCUCACACAUGAUAUCAGCCAUCAUUUCUUUUGCUUCUGCAC